AUGGAUUCAGAGGGAGCUGCUGGUAUUUUUCAAUGCGUGUCGCAUUUACCACCACAACACGCGCGAAUGCACAGACUUUUCCUUAUCCAAGAACUUUUCUGUAUCAUAUGUGAACAUGUGCGGAAUGACAACGCUGGCAGAAUUGCCGCAGGAAGAACUCUUGCUUCUCUUGCUAGAACCUCCAAGGUCUUCCAUCAUGUGGCCACCAGUGCUCUGUGGUCGCGAUUGGACGGACUCACACCACUACUACGACCCUUGGCCUCUGACCUGACUUUCACCGCAGAAAAUGCGGCAAGGCCACAACCCGUGUUAACGCUUCGGAGGCCUCUUAAAAUGGCAGAAUGGGAGAUACUUCGCGGUCUUGCACGUCGUGUUGAGCACCUAUGCGUCCAUGACCCUGCUCGGCCAGUAGACGUCUCAAUCAUUCUCUCUCUCUGCCACCCCCCAACCAACUCACCUCUGUUUCCGAAUUUGAAGUCAAUCCUCUGGAAUGAUGAAAGAGCUGAGACUUUCGCGUUCAUUCGCACGCUUUCAGGGCCCACAGUUACUUCCCUGGCGAUAACCAUCACAAAUGAUAGUCGUAAAUGGCAUAUACCCGAGUUCGGCAUAUUGGCUUCUCUGCCCUACGUUUGUCCUAACGUCACAGAAGUGACCCUGCCCACCAACGCUUUUGGAAACGAUUUCCCCUCUCUAUCAGAAGCCCUUUGUGCCUGGAACAAUCUCACAGAAAUCAAAUGUGGAGCAAUUGAGGGUAGUGCACUUGCACAUCUUGCCAGACAACCAGCUCUUCGCAAGCUUUCAUUCAAUCUCAACAACGCGGGACUCAGACUGGACUCGUCUUUGCCUUCAGGGGCAUUUUCAUGUGUCCGCGAUUUCCAGAUUCACGCAGCGAAUAUGUCUUUCCUAGACUCAUUCAUUAACAAGCUUGGAGGAUCGCCCACUUCUAUGCAUGUGCUAGUGGAUACCAACCCGCCACCUACCAGUAUCAGUUCACUUGUUGCCACUCUCAGGCGAUUCUCGAGUACUCAUUUGCAAGAUCUGAGCCUGCGAUUAAUGACCCCGCCAAGUCCUCGGGUCAUGCCAGUACAUCCACUACAUCUACUCGCACAUCCACAACCUCCAACUAAUCUCGGAACUUAUAUGGCACCUUCAGUCAACAUGAUCAUGGGCUAUCCAAUUAGCGCGGGCUGGCAGCCUCCGCCUAACCUGAAUGGACCUCAUGUUGUGUCUUUGGGUGGCGUGUCGACUUCCGGAUCACCUACAUGUCACACCCUCACUUUGGGUGACUUUAUCCCCCUUACCUGCUUUGAAAGCCUGGGCAGGAUAGAUAUCAGUAUCAAUCACAGUAUACACUUGGACGAUGACGACCUCCGGUCGCUAGUCUCUGCAUGGCCCCACCUCUACUCCUUCUCCCUCAACGACACAGCUGGAUGGCGCGUCAAGUCUGGCAUCACCCAGAUCGGCCUCAUUGCGAUGCUCGACUGUUGUCCAGAUCUCCAGAAGCUUUGCCUUGCUUUGAACACGGAUGCGUUCAUAGAGGUGUCAUCAGACCGUGAAGGGAUAGAAAACACAGCCGUGCGAACCCUAGGUCUCGCUGACUCCCUGAUCGAGGCGCGCGCUACCGUAGCAGUCGCCGCCUUUCUCUCCGACAUCUUCCCAAACCUCACCACCAUCGUCGCAUGGGACUCGGUGGUGAUGAGUCGGCGCCUCAAUGCAGGGAUCUAUGCUGAGCGGUGGAUACAUGUAGCUGAGCAGGUGCACGGGAUGAACAAGGUUCGGGCGCAGGAAAGGAAAUGGUGGUUGAGUGACGAUGACGGUGAAAGCGAGGCGUGUGCUAUAUCUCAAGUUUGA